GCAGCCGGCAGCUCCGGCGCCGCGGAGCCAUGGGCAAGGACCAGGAGCUGGUGCAGGCGGUGAAGGCGGAGGACAUCGCGGCCGUGCAGAAGCUGCUGCAGAGGCCCAAACCCGGCAAAGCCAAGCUCCUUGGAUCAGCAAAGAGAGUCAAUGUCAAUUUCCAGGACACCGAUGGGUUCUCUGCCCUGCACCAUGCAGCACUCAAUGGGAACACAGAGCUCAUCUCGCUGCUGCUGGAGGCACAGGCUGCGGUGGACAUCAAGGAUAACAAAGGCAUGCGGCCCUUGCAUUAUGCGGCCUGGCAAGGCAAGAAGGAGCCCAUGAAGAUGGUGCUGAAGGCAGGCUCCUCUGUGAACAUCCCAUCAGAUGAGGGACAGAUCCCCCUGCACCUGGCAGCACAGCAUGGGCACUAUGACGUGUCUGAAAUGCUCCUGCAGCACCAGUCCAACCCCUGCAUCAUGGACAAUUCAGGCAAGACGCCCCUGGACUUGGCAUGCGAAUUUGGCCGGGUUGGGGUGGUCCAACUGCUCCUGAACAGCAACAUGUGUGCGGCGCUGCUGGAGCCUAAGCCAGGGGACACCACCGACCCCAAUGGCACCAGCCCUCUGCAUCUUGCGGCCAAGAAUGGACACAUCGACAUCAUCCGGCUCCUGCUGCAAGCUGGCAUUGACAUCAACAGGCAGACCAAGGCGGGCACAGCGCUGCACGAGGCAGCCCUGUGUGGCAAGACGGACGUGGUGCGGCUCUUGCUGGAUAGUGGAAUUAAUGCCCACGUCCGGAACACGUACAACCAGACGGCUCUGGAUAUUGUCAACCAGUUCACCACCAGCCAGGCCAGCAAGGAGAUCAAGCAGAUGCUGCGGGAUGCCUCAGCUGCACUGCAGGUGCGGGCUGUCAAGGACUAUUGCAACAACUACGACCUGACCAGCCUCAAUGUGAAAGCUGGAGACGUCAUCACUGUGCUGGAGCAGCAUGCAGACGGGCGCUGGAAGGGCUGCAUCCACGACAAUCGGACCGGCAAUGACCGCGUGGGCUACUUCCCCUCCAGCCUCGUGGAAGCCAUAAGCAAGCGAACAGGUUCAUGGGAGACUGUAACAAUCCCCCAACAGUACCAAAAGAUCCCGCUCCCGGCUUACGGGGCUGCUGUGCUAAACGGUGACGCCUCGUCCCAUCCGUUCCAUUCCCUGCCUCCACCUCCACCUCCACCACCACAUUCCCAUCAGACUCUUUUCAGUUCCUUUGGCUAUCACAGGCUCUCCCCUAGCAGUGCCGACGAGCCGCGUUACGGACAAGGGUCCCGUGGGGCUGACAUGAGCCCAUCCCACCUUUCACCAUCGCAGGGUGGAUCAGCUGCACCUGCACCCACCGAGGAGAUCUGGGUGCUGCGGAAACCUUUCACAGGUGGCGAUCGCAGCAGCCUGGGUAGCACAGGCAGCGUGGCCUCAGCCCGCAGCUCCGGGAGUGGGCAGAGCACGGGCAGCGGGGCGCACGCCCUGCAUGCUGGCUCCGAGGGCGUCAAGCUGCUGGCAACGGUCCUUUCCCAGAAGGCUUCUGCGCAAGAUGCUGCCGUGGGCGAUGGGCCGGCCAAGGCGCAGGACAUCCCCGCAGGCUCGUCGCGGUCGCAGAGUGUGGCCAGCUCCCCCUAUGCACCCCAGCCACCUGCCGAGCAGCAGCUGAAGAAGAUGGAGCCACCAUCAGAGGGGAAGAGCUCAGAAGCUGUGUACCAGUGGCUGUGUAAGUUCCAGCUGCAGCUCUAUGCACCCAACUUCAUCAACGCCGGCUACGACAUCACCACUAUCAGCCGGAUGACGCCAGAGGACCUCACGGCCAUUGGUGUCACCAAGCCAGGGCACAGGAAGAAGAUUGCCUCUGAGAUCAAUAACCUCAACAUCCCCGAGUGGCUGCCUGAGUACAAGCCGGCCAACCUGGCGCUGUGGCUCUCCAUGAUUGGCCUGUCCCAGUACUACAAGGUGCUGGUGGAGAACGGCUACGAGAACAUCGACUUCAUCACUGACAUCACCUGGGAGGACCUGCAGGAGAUCGGCAUCACCAAGCUGGGCCACCAGAAGAAGCUGAUGCUCGCAGUGAAGAAGCUGGCAGAGCUGCAGCGGGCUGAGCUGGGCAAGUAUGAGCCAGGCACACUGAAGAGGAAGGCAGCGGCAUGCCCAGAGGUGCUGGCCAUUGAGUCCCCACCACCUGAGCCACCCGAGUGCCAGUCACCCAAGAUGACAACGUUCCAGGACAGCGAGCUGAGCAGUGAGCUGCAGGUGGCCAUGACAGGUGAAGGCCCUGAGGAGACGCCCGAGAAACCAGCCAACCCUGCAGCCCCUGGCUACCGAUCACCACCAGCACUGGGCGGCCGCGCCAGGCAGAUGAGCAGCUCACAGGAGCUGCUGGGUGAUGGCCCCCGUGCCCCUGCCAGCACCGCCAUCUCCAAGAGCCAGGAGUACCUGGCAGAGGGGGCCCCCGAGGGUCCCCCCGUGCCGCCAACCAAGGAGCUCCGCCAGCCACGGCAUGGCCACUCUGUCAAGCGUGCCAGUGUUCCGCCGGUGCCCGGCAAACCCCGGCAGGCCUUCCCAUCUACCGCUGGGCACCUGACACCACCACAGACCCCUGGCAAGCCACGUCCACCCUCCCCACAGGGCCCAUCAGCACCCCACGCCACUGCCAAGGUGAAGCCCACUCCACAGCUGCUGCCACCGGGUGAGCGCCCCGCAUCACCCCGCUCCCUACCCCAGUCUCCCACGCACCGUGGCUUUGCCUACGUCCUUCCGCAGCCCACCGAUGGUGAGGGGGCCCCCCCAGGGGUGCCGGUCCUGCCUGUCUCAGUGCCAGUGCUGUGCCUGCCACCAGCAGGUGAGGGUGAGGAGGAGCCGGGGAGGCCGAAGAAACGGGCACACAGCCUGAACCGCUACGCCACCUCCGACAGCGAGCAGGAGCGGGACGAGCUGCUGGUGCCUGACGCGGGGCCUUAUGCUACCGUGCAGCGGCGCGUGGGGCGCAGCCACUCAGUGCGGGCACCUGCCGGUGGUGACAAGAAUGUCAACCGCAGCCAGUCCUUCGCCAUCCGCCCCAAGAAGAAGGGGCCCCCGCCACCACCCCCCAAGCGCUCCAGCUCUGCUAUAUCCAGUGCUGGCAUGGCCGAGGACUUCCCCAAGGAUGGUGAAGGUGAGGUGGCCGCUGGAACCCCUGGCACCGAGGGGGAGAGUCGUCAGGAGCAGCGGCGUGCCAGCGAUCUGGGUGGCAGCGUGGACACGGGCAGCGCCGGCAGCGUGCGCAGCAUUGCAGCCAUGCUGGAGAUGUCCUCCAUCGGUGGUGGGGCGCGGGCGCUGGCCCUGCAGAAACCACCUGGGGCUGGUGUGCCUGGGAAGGGGCCCGAUGGGUACUAUCUGCAGCCAGGAGCUCCCCCAGGAAGCCCUGAGCGUGCCCGUGUGGCCACCGUCCUGGCUACCGUCAAGCACAAGGAGGCCAUUGGGCUGGAUGGGGAGGUUGUGAACCGGCGCCGGACCAUCAGCGGUCCUGUCACCGGGCUGGUGGCGGCCGCACGCCGCGAGCGUGCUGACAGUGUGCGCUCUGAGACAGGCGCUGAUGGCCCCAGCGAGCGUCUGCGGGCUGAGCGUGGUGGCUCUCCAGACACAAUCCCCUUUGCUGAGGAGGGCAACCUCACCAUCAAGCAGCGACCGCGUGCCCUGGGACCAGCCCGGGUGGAGGCAGGAGAAGGGCUGUCCCCAGCGCACCGCCAUGGAGACCUGGCCAAGGUGGAGGCCAGUGCCACACUUAAAAGGCGCAUCCGUGCCCGGCAGAGCCAGCAGGACAGCGUCCGCUUCAUCCUCACCGAGUCUGACACUGUCAAGCGCCGGCCCAAGGCCAAGGACAAGGAGCCAGCGCUGGAGCAAGCCCCUCUUGUCGUCUACCAGAAUGGCACCGGCACUGUCAAGCGGCGGCCGGCUUCAGAGCUGAGUGGAGCGGAGACUCCCCCAACCCCACCGCCUGCCACCCGCCCCGACGGCCCUGACUUCACCCCACCGCCUGCCGAGCCCAAGAAACCAUUCAAGCCACCGGUGUCCCCCAAGCCUGUGCUAACGCAGCCAGCGCAGAAAGUCCCUGGGCCACCAGUGCCCAUCCCCAAAAAGAUGCCCAUCCCAAGCCCAGGCAGCCCAGAGGUGAAGCGGGUCCACGGCACACCACCCCCGGUAUCCCCCAAGCCCACACCACCCCCCACGGCCCCCAAGCCCCCCAAGCCCCAUGCCGCCAUCCAGUCAGUGAGCGCGGGCUCCACGCCAACUCCGUCCCCCGCCCGGCAGCUGGGCACUACUGCCAAGCCCUCCAGCACACCGCCCUCACUCUGCUCCAGCCCUGCCAAGCCCCUCUCACCCGGCGCUCAGCCCCAGCAGGUGCCAGUGAAACCACCGCGUUCCGCUAUCGCCGGACCCUCUGUUGACAGUGCCAGCCCUGAGCUGGUGCAGCAAAAGCUGGAGGAGACCAGCGCAUCCUUGGCUGCUGCGCUGCAGGCUGUGGAAGAGAAGAUCAAGCAGGAGGACAGCCAGGCAGCAGACUCCACUGCAGAGGCAAAGAGCACAGGCAGCAUCCUGGAUGACAUCGGCAGCAUGUUUGAUGACCUGGCCGACCAGCUGGAUGCCAUGCUGGAGUGAGGGGCGCGACGGCCCCGCGAACCUCAGGGCUUACGUGGGCACAAGGGCACAAUGAUCCGCGACCUCCCGGCCCCACCAUCCCCUUUGUACAGCCGUCCCCUCCUGGACCUCCCAUCCCUCGGGGUUUGCACAAAGAAGAAGAUACCUCAGGAUUGUGCUCACGGACUCGGCGCCCGCCCGCCACGGCUCCGGCAGGACUCCCUUCUGCAGAAGCAAAAAAAUACAAUAGAAGAAGCAAAGCAACACCACCCGGCCUGAAGCGCCCUGCUCGCACCAGAUCCGGGUUUGGGGUUUUCUCUCCCUACCCGCGGUGGCCCCGUGGUUGCCCUGCCGGCCCCGGUCCCCGAAUGUAGCACAACCCCGGUGUGGCACUGCUGGCAUUCAUCCACCCGUGCCCUCUUGUUCUGGUGGCGAGUCCGGAUGGGCGAUGCACUUAGGUUUCUUUAAUUUUUCUUUUCAUUUUCUCUUUUUGUCACUUUUUUUCCUUUGUCGUUCGCGAGCAUUGGGGUGGGCACGGUGCUGGGUACCCCCACAGCACCUGGAUCCCUGCACCCGCUGCUCUCCAGCCCCGCGCUGCUGCUGUGGGCUCUUCACGUCGGGGUGGGAGAGGGGCUUUUUGUCGGUACCGUUGCAAAUGGAUGAGCUCCUGCUUGGGGCAGGUGGGGAGCAGCAGGUUGUGCCCCUGCCCAGCCCCUCGCCGCCGGGGGAGAGGAAGACAUAAGCUAUAACGAAGUAUUAAUUUAUUGGAGGGGAAAAACGACUGAGAGAUAUAAAGCAGUAUUUCCCCCAUCUCCCAAAUAAUAAUAAUAAUAAUAAAAAAAAAGAAUAAACUUUAACAAAUAUAUAUUUAAAAGAUUUAAAAAAAAAAAUAUUAGCAAUUAUAUAUAAAGCAGUUUAAACAAAAAAAAAAAAAAAAAUCAAGAGAGAACUGGAUUUUAGCUUGAGAAAAACUAUUAGAUUAUACUAAGCUGUGUGUCUUGUGGCAAACUCAUUCUCCGAGUAGCACAAUAUUUACCUUUAUCUGGGUGGAAGGUACGUGCAAGCCGUUCUGUUCGGGUUUUCCGUUGGGUUUCAGUGUACCGUCUUUCUUUUUACACAGUUAAGAACUCAAAGGAUGUGCCUUGUUUUAUGGAGGUUUUUGUUAACUCUUCUACUGGAGGUGUUUCGUUUCUUUCCGGAGUGUCUUCAGGUUUUCAUUUGACUUUUUUUGGCAUUUCUCUGUGUGUGUGUGUGUGUGUGUGUGUGUGUGCACGCGGUGUAUGCGUGCGUCCCGGCGCACGGCUGUACAUUCAUGUAUAAACAGGAGUCUGGUUCAGUCGCUUGAGUUCUGAUGAAUGCAUCUUUUUGUUUUUUGCUUGUGGUUCCCAACAAAGUGUUGCUGUACCUCUCUUUUCCCCGAGCCGUGCAGGCUGGGCUCGCCCUCCCCUCCUCCCUCCUUCCCAUUGUGGUCGCUGAUCCAGAUGUGUUUGGCACAACUUUGAAAUUUCUUUACAAAAAAAAAAAUUAAUUAAAAAAAAUAAUAAUAAAAAAAAAAUCACA